UCAACUUGAUGUUGAGUUGGCAGUUUGGCUGGAGCGUAAAUUACCGUUGCUGUCCUAUCCGAUAUAUUUUAGUAGCUUACUUCCCCCUGCGCCGUAUAUAUUUUUAAUUUAAGCAUAUAAACACACAGUUAAGAGCCACUAAUUUGAUGGUCCCGUUGUGUUUAUGCAGCAGCAAUCCUUGGUUUAUGUCAGUCUUCAGUAGCUAGCCAGCUAAUACAUCUUGGGCUGCGCUCAGAUCAACUUUGACAUUUUCCCCUGUUUUUAUUUUGAACCUUUAUCAGGCGUGCUGGAGGAGCAGAUGAGGCCGUUAUCAUGACACUGAGGAAAGUAAACGUGGUCAUUCUUUUGCUGCUGGCUGUUGCCUUCCUGAUCAUAGUCCAACGAAAUCUCCUCAACCUCGGAGACAUUUUACACAUGGAAACCCCAGAUGCGAGUCUUCCCUUUGAAUCCGAGUUGUCUCCGGAGCUUCGACUAGAGUCUGUGAGGAAAGGAGAGGAGAUCCCUGUCCUCAUCACUGCUGUCGAGGAAAGACUCGGAGCUGUGGUUGCUGCCAUGAACAGUGUCUAUCAGAACAGUAAAGCCAAUGUCGUCUUCACCAUCGUCACCCUGAAUGACACGGUGGAUCACCUAAAUGUUUGGCUUAGUAAUACGCGGCUAAAAAAUGUCAAAUAUAAGAUAGUUAUUUUCCAGCCUGAGCUCCUCAAUGGGAAAAUAACCAAAGACACUCAGACGCUGGAAGCUGCCAAACCGUUGACUUUUGCCAGGUUUUAUCUACCUGUGUUCAUACCCGAAGCAGAGAAAGCGAUCUACUUGGAUGACGAUACCGUUGUACAAGGGGACAUUCAGGAGCUUUAUGAAACCAACCUCAAACCAGGACACGCAGCUGCCUUUUCGGAUGACUGUGAUUCAGCGUCUGCUAAGGGCAUCAUUCGAGCUGCUGGAAAUCAGAAUAAUUAUAUAGGUUUCCUGGACUUCACGAAGGAUGCUAUCAAGAAGCUGGGGAUGAGGGCCAACACGUGCUCCUUCAACCCCGGGGUCAUCAUCGCUAACCUGACCGAGUGGAGGAACCAGAACAUAACCCGGCAGCUGGAGGACUGGAUGGAACUCAACACACAGGAGGAUCUGUACAGUAAGACACUAGCAGAGAGUAUCACCACCCCUCCACUCCUCAUUGUUUUCUACAAACGUCACUCCACCAUCGACCCGAUGUGGCACGUCAGGCAUCUUGGCACUACAGGUGCUGGAAACCGCUACUCCCUACAGUUUGUGAAAGCUGCCAAACUCCUCCAUUGGAACGGACACUACAAACCCUGGGGGAGGACAUCCUCCUUUUCUAACGUGUGGGAAAAGUGGUUCAUUCCAGACCCCACAGGAAAAUUUAACCCUGUGCGAAAACACACAGGGGACAACUAGACUGAAACAUUCGGUUUCAGGAACUUUCGAGCAGCCAAGCAGGACCACGCCGCGUGGUAUCUCAGGAUCUAAGUCAAGCCUUUUCACUCGCCACUUCUGUAAUCCUCCGAAUUUGUAGACUUGUGUACUCUCACAUUCCCUUGAACAGCUUUUUUCUAUACCCAGUGCAUCUUGUUGCUUAGAGCGCACAAAUAUCUGACCCAUGCUUCUCAAAAUGUUCUGUUUAAAGAGGAUCGUUUCACGAAAGAGGCAUAGACUGUGUUCCUCCCUGUGAUAAGAGAAAUAUUGCAUUUGAAGAGUAUAAUGUUAAUAGACAUGUAUGCAUCAAUCCCAGGCCACAGCAAUGAGAUACCUUGCGACAACCAUGUGCAGGUUUGUUUACAUGCAGCUCAAUACUGACAAAUUCACUUUAUUUGUAUACUGGAGUAUUUUAGUUACCUUAACUACGAUACAGCACAGCCAGUCCAGUAUUAGCCACACAGAUCGUGUCAUUACCUCAAUCAAUACUUCCUGUGGAAAAGUAGCAAGUUUUACACUUAAUUACACAUUUAUCAGAUCCUUUUAACAGUAGUCUGUUCUUAGUGCAUCAUUUGUUACAAAGACGGUUUAUCUCCCUCUUCCUCUAUAAUCCCAUUAUUCUGAAACGGAUUGUUAAUCCAGGGCAGCGAUUUAAUGUUGCACUGCCAUUGUGAUUCGUCCUGCCUAUCAUUUAUAAUAACUGCCAUAAAUGAACACUAAAUCUGCCCCUCAUGCUAAACUCCAAGUGUUUUUAAUGACAUUUUAUGCAGACCACUAAGCAAACUACACCUCUGCAGAAAUGUAAUGUUUGCACAAUGUCCUCAUGCUUUGUAACCCUUCAGUCAGGAUUUUUAUAAACAUUGCUUUGCCGUUGUAAAUAUUGGUCAUCCUUUGUAUGGCACAUGAAAUAAAGAUUUUAUCAUUUA